UGUUAUAACUCCACUUCUGCUUUUGCUUUUUCUUGGAUCAUCCUCCUCUGUGCCUUUUACAUCCAUAUUCUCGCAGCUGUUUAUGACUGUUGUAGUCCCUCUUAUUAUUGGACAGAUUGUCCGAAGAUACAUCAAGGACUGGCUUGAAAGGAAGAAGCCUCCAUUUGGUGCUAUCAGCAGCUCUGUGCUCCUGAUGAUUAUCUACACAACGUUCUGCGAUACUUUUGCCAAUCCAAAUAUUGACCUGGAUAAAUUCAGCUUGAUUAUAAUCGUGUUCAUAAUAUUUUCCAUUCAGAUGAGCUUCAUGUUUUUGACUUUCCUCUUCUCCACAAGGAAUAACUCUACUUUCACACCAGCAGACACAGUGGCUAUUGUUUUCUGUUCCACACACAAAUCCCUCACCCUGGGGAUUCCCAUGCUGAAGAUAGUAUUUGCAGGUUAUGAACACCUGUCCUUAAUUUCUGUCCCUUUGCUCAUCUAUCAUCCUGCUCAGAUCCUUCUUGGCAGUCUGUUGGUACCAACGAUAAAAUCCUGGAUGGUUUCUAGGCAAAAGGCACUGAAACUAACCAGGCAGCCCAAAGCACCCGUGAAGGUAUAAUUGUGGAGAUGGCCUGUGUCACAGUGAAUGUAUAUAUGUACUAUACUGUACACAUGGACAAUUGACACAGCUGGGUUUUGUGAAUGUUGCUUUAGUGCAUAUUUUAUUUUUUUAUAUAUAUCUAUAUAUAUAUAUAUAUAUAUAUUAAAAGAUACCUGUUAAGUGCCUUACAGAUGCAUUUUUGGCAAAAGCAUUGUUUUCAGAAGCCACUUUGUUGGUUGCUGCAAGAGGUUGUACAGUAUUUUGGAGUCCUUUAGUUUAUUUUUCUAACAAAGUGAAUGGUCAUGACUGACAGCUGGUUCUUCCGUUGCCCCUGCUUUGAAGCCAGGGCGUACCAGCAGCAAGUCUCUGUUUUAAACUAGCCAAAAUGACCAGGAGCCUAUCCCACUGCUGGCUUACUAGCUCUUCUCUUGGGGAAGAGCUUUCUGAAGGUUUUUUUCUGAGAUUGACUUGAAUUUCUGUGUGACUCUGUUACACUCCCUAGUCAUAUGACUGUGACAUGCCUUUUUCUUCUGAGUUUGUGUAUACUCAGCAUGGGGCCAUCCAAUGGAUAGAAGCUGAAAAGCAUGAAUUAUUUGCAUUUGUUGACACAGUUGUCUAGACAUUCCUUCAAAGUUAAUGGUAUCUCAAGAAAAUUCUUUCAAUUCCAUUGUAUGAUAUUGUGCCAUUGUAUAUCUUAAAUGCCUCAUAAGCUUCUUCAAAAGAAAUGGUCUGGUGUUUGGGUUAUGAGUGAAGUAUUUGUGUUUGCAGCUAGGAGAUCUUUUUAUCAUUUACCCCUGAAGAACACAAAUUUUUGGUAUUCUUUUUUUCUUUUCCUUCCCCCUGUGCAAUGCACAGAGACAUGCACAGAGAAUUUAGGAUGCGGAAACAGAGCCUUUAUUGUAGUAAGACAAGCUAUGUUUUCUCUAUUGCUACAUUGGUAAUGAAUAGUAGUUUAUGAGGACAAGAAAGUUGACAAUUUUUUUUUUUUGCUAAUUAAAAGGAUCCUUAUAGUAACAGAAACGCUAUCUUAGCUCAUUUGGCAAUCAAUCACAAUUUUUAAAAAAAUAAUAUUACUCUUUCUAAUAAACUUAGGUAAAAAAGAAUACAAAAUACUGUUUCUAGGUGUUGAAGAGAGAGGAAUGCAGGCACAUAUUUAAACAUGCAGCUAGCACUACAUCUUGUCUGAAAGAUGAAGAUUUCAGAAACAUGCUGUAGUCCAGACUGAGGCGUGUGCCCAUCUGCAAAAACUGUGCUGGCAAUUGUGCAUUAAAAUAUGAAGUAAGGAAAGGAAUAGGUCAAUGUGGAAUCGAUAUAAAUGCAGAGCUGCCAUGUGUGUCAUGGUUAACAUUGCAGCUAAAGGUGUAGCUGAGUGCAAACACCUUGGAGCAAGUCUGUAGCAAAUGUAGAUUAUCAGAGCUCUGAUAAGGCUGUAAGUCUUUACACACACUGGAGAUGUUCUAUGUGACAACAGGCAUGUGAAAUUAAUAUCCUUUUGCCUUACUAAAAAACAAAAUAAUGUGCUUGGUUUACCUAGUCUGUUACUUCCAGUCCUGUGAGCAACAGGAAAAAAGUAAUCUGGUACCAACGCUCGGUGCUUUAUCUGAUGGCCACUCCCUGUUGCCAUCUGUAUGAGAAACUGUGGGGAGCUGACAGCAUCACCCUGUUCAGAACUGGCACACCAAUAAAAGGACCAUGUGACAAAGUUAUGGGAGGUGGCACAUGAUGAAUUCUUUCCCUCCCUGGAAGGGGGAUCAAGCUCUCCCUGCUGAGUAGGCAAGAGGGCUGAGGGACACUGUGCACUGCCCAUGUCCCCAGGGCUCUGCUCUCUUCCCACUGGGCAGAUCAAUGCACCCCUAGAUAGCACAGGCAGAUCCACCAACAGACCUGCUAGGAACUGGAGAGUUCCUGGGCCAAAUUCAAGGUUCCACUUCCUUAAGCAUUCUAAGUGGUAACUGGUUCCAUAUGGGAAAAAAUUCCUCCGGGUUUAAAAUCCCCACUUAUAACAGGGGACAGCAUCCAGACUCAGGACAGUUUCUUUAUGUUCUGCUUCCAUAAACCUGAAUUUCCAGAGAAAAAAAUCCAGAUAUUUGAUCCCAAUCCCACUGAAAUCAAUGACUCUUUCUGUUGGUUUUGAAUGGUGAGACAACAGGCCCAGAGGCAGUGUUCCCUUGUAUUUUAAAAUACAUAGCAGGAGUUCAAGCAGACAGUAGCUGACUGCAGUUGUGUCAACGCUAAAUAAUCAGAACACUGCAAGUACCCUUACUGAGCUACCUCUGUGUACUGAAUCUCUGCCUUUCGGUACUUCCAGCAACUUGCUUAGAUUCCAUUGAACACAUCCUUUGUUUUUUAUUUGAUUUUUUUUCAACAUUUAAGAAUAUUUCAGACUGUUUUACAAUGUAUUUUUGUUAGUCUUUACAAAGUCCGUGUUGAUUGCUUUUGGGCAACUUAAAUAUUGUGUAUGAGUGUUGAAGGUGUUGGUCUAAAGGGAAUAUCAAGCUAAACGGAAAUACAUAUUUUAAAUUCAUACUUAAUAAAACUGAAUUGUGCACAUCAA